UUCUUCUCAUCCGAACUAUGUUUGCAAACUCAAGAAAACCCUCUUAUGGCUUAAAGCUGGCUCCCCGAGCUUGGUAGAAGGAGCAGUUGCAGAGGACGGAAGAAAACCCAGCAUCUGGGACACCUUUACACAUGAUGGUAGACGUCUAAGUGACGAUCAGGCAACAGGAGAUAUAGCAGCAGAUCAGUAUCAUAAAUACAAGGAAGAUGUAAAGUUGAUGCAUGAUAUGGGCCUGGAUGCGUACAGGUUCUCCAUCUCCUGGUCGCGACUUAUUCCCGAUGGACAUGGGGAUGUAAAUGCAAAAGGCUUGCAGUACUAUAACAAUCUGAUCGAUGAACUCGUGAGCUAUGGAAUAGAGCCUCAUGUUACCUUGCACCACUUUGACCUUCCACAAGCGCUUGAAGAUGAGUAUGGAGGAGUACUGAGCCCGAGAAUAAUAGAGGAUUUCACCGCUUACGCCGACGUAUGCUUCAGAGAAUUCGGGGACAGAGUGAAAUACUGGGCAACCUUUAAUGAACCCAGGGUUCAGGCGCUCUUCGGUUACCAGUUCGGCACUUUUCCGCCUCGACGCUGCACCCACCCUGUUGGUUCCAACUGCACCAAGGGAGGUUCAACAAGCGAGCCGUAUCUAGCCGCUCAUAACCUUCUUAGAUCACAUUUAUCGGCCGCCACAUUGUACAAAGACCAGUAUCAGGCGGUGCAAGGAGGGAAGAUAGGAAUUACCACGUCGUGUCCGUGGUAUUCCCCUUCAACAAAUUCACAAGAAGAUAUCAUCGCAGCGCAGCAGGCCAGGGAUUCCAACAUAGGAUGGAUCAUCAAUCCACUUGUGUACGGGGACUACCCUCCUAUCAUGAGGGAGAGUUUGGGAUCAAAUCUGCCUUCGUUUGAUGCAGAAGAAUCCAUGAAGUUAAAACAAUCAUUUGAUUUCAUUGGGUUGAACCAUUAUAAUUUGUAUUAUGUGAAAUACAAACCUAACAAGUAUGACAAGAGUGAUAAGGACGUCAAAAAUGUCUCGGCUAAAGACUCCGAUACACGAUUAGGCGCAUCGGAGAAGUUUCUCACGGUGAAAGAGGCGUCUUCAGCUAAUGCUCCGUGGGCUUUCCAGGCGACGCUUGAGUACGUUAAAAUAAAAUACAGGAAUCCUCCGAUCAUCGUUUAUGAAAAUGGAUACGGGGAAUCUAAUGUUGGUCCGACCACUGGGAACGGUACGGAUGAUUAUAAGAGGGUAGCAUAUUUGCAGGACUACAGCGAAAGCUUGCUCCGGUCUAUUAGGAAUGGCUCAAACACGCUAGGGUACUUCGUGUGGUCAUUUUUAGAUUGUUUUGAGCUCGUGCACGGCUAUACCGCACGCUACGGACUCUACGGGGUUGAUUUUGAAGGAGCCGACAGGAGGAGGUUCGCGAGGCUUUCAGCUCACUGGUACUCCAAAUUUCUAAGUAACGGAGGACUGAUAAGAGCUCGAGCAUCAAAAAUUAUUCGCACGGAGUAGCGAGCUUGAUGUUUCCUUCGACAAUGUUGUCGCUCGGAUUUGAUUAGUCUGUGCUCUAAAUAUAUUGUGCGUGUCAUGAGGCAUUGUUUCAAACUCCUCCUGCGUUAUUAAAAUAAGAAAAAAAGAAGAAGCAAAUGAUCAUUUUUCUUGCUACUA